AAACAUAGGCCAGUCACAAAGAGAUGUUAAUCCUAGUCUUAAAAUAGUGCAUUCUGGCAAGACCCACAGACUGUGCUUUAGCAACUGAUAUUUCAGUGCUUCUUUUGCACAUAAUUUUGGGCAACAAAUCCACCAGUUUUAUCAUGAAGGUUGGAAUUGCUGCUCUUAUAGCAGGAAUUGUUGGUACUAUUGGCAUUAUCUUGUUUCUUGUAGCCUUUGGAACAGAAUAUUGGUUACUUGCCACAGAGACUUGUGAAAAUAUGAGAGACUAUGAGGAAAUGUCCAUAACAUACCAUCAUGAAGGAUUCUUCUGGAGGUGUUGGUUCUUUGGAGAUGAUUCACAAACUUCAGUAUGGAGAUAUUGGUUUAUGAACCAGCCUCAUCCCAAGCGUUGUAUUCCUGGCUAUCUCUUUCCUAUGCCAAUUGCUGUUGGACCUUUCCCACAUCCUUCUUUUGAUGCAACCACAAUAUACAGAGGCUUCUGGGCGAUCUUUCUUAUAUUAGGUGUUGGUUCUGGUCUGGCUGGGGGAUUUCUGCUGGUGUGUGGUGUACCCUUUGCCAGUGCUGGAAGUUAUAAAGUUGGAGGUGGCUUUCUGAUGAUAUCGGGACUGCUCAGUGUAUGA